AUGAACUUAAAAAAUGGAAAAAUACCGAAAAUUAUGAUAGACGACUCCAAAGUGCAUGAUGUUGAGUUCUAUAAGCUCAAAGAGAAAACUCGAUUUACUGAAUAUGAGAUUGUUAUGAUGUGGAAUUCAUUCAAGAAGGAUCUACCUAAUGGAUGCAUGACGAAGGAUCAGCUGUUCAGGCUGGUUAAGAAAAUAUUUCCCAGGUCUGAUCAUGAGAUGGUGACUGAGAAUAUUUAUAUAAUAUUUGAUCCUGAAGGAACUGGACUAAUUGGGUUCGAUCAACUACUUCUUGCUUUCUCUAUGUCCAUGAAGGGAACAGGAGUAACUACAUAA